AUGUGUGUACUUCUCGAGAAGUUUGAUGAGUAUGACGGACCAGUUCGAGGAAUCUGUUUCCAUCAAGAACAACUGAUUUUUGUGUGUGGUGGUGAUGAUUACAAGAUCAAAGUGUGGAAUUGGAAUUAUAAGCAGAAACGAUGCAUUUUCACACUUUUAGGACAUUUGAAUUAUAUUCCAACAACAUUUUUUCACAAUAAAUAUCCAUGGAUUGAUUAUAUCAGCCUCUGA